AUGAGUGCUCCGAGAAUACACUCUCCCGUCAAUCAGGAUGAACAGGUAAAAGAUGGACUUGCUAGUCUUCAAGGUCCAUGCGAAGAUGGCAUGUGCGGUGUCCCAAAGUCCCCCAGCAACCACUCUCCGUAUCCUCUGUCUUCACUCGACCACAAUCCCCUCGGAAUGAAUGUCACCUUUUUGUUGUCAUUUCAAACCACGCAGCCUGAGGAAAGCAUUCGUGUCCUGGACGACGGCAUCAAACAGCUGUUGAAGGUUCACCCCUUCCUCUCAGGGGACGUGACUCGCCAGACGAAAGUCAGCCAGAGGAAGAAUACCUGGCAGAUCGAACCAGACGCUCCAGAGUCGCUUCUCAAGCUCCCUAUGCUCCAGACACAAUAUUUACAGGCCGAGUCGAUCAAAGAACUCCAUUCGAAACGCCUCCUAACGGGCGCUGAGGAGCAGGAGAUCAUGCGACGGCUCGCCCCGUUGCCUAUCGACAUGGAUCUUUCGCUGCCGCGAAGGCCGAUUGUACGGUUUCAAGCGAAUAUCAUGCGCGAUGGAGUCAUUCUCGCCAUGACAUUCCACCAUGCUGCAAUGGAUGGCGCGGGCGCUGCACGGGUUCUGGGCCUGCUAGCCGAUUGCUGCAGAGAUCGGACCGCCUCGUCUUCUGCGAGUGUGGUGUCAGACCGGCAGUUACGAUCGCAGAUUGACAGUCUUGCCUCAAAAAGCAGUUCCGGUGCCUCGAGGGCGGAUUUCAGCCAGCACUAUUGCGGCCUCGGAGAUUGGGCAGCGCUCCUCGCAGAAAAUUGGUCGGGUUUCCUCCGGGCAAGAGCUACCGAGCUUGUAACCUGGCGAUUGACGAUUCCCGGGUCCAAGAUCCAGUACUUAAAGGGAGCUUGCAAUGCGCUGCUACAGGGGCAAACGUCUGCGCAGGCUGGUAGGCCGAAUCCGGGGUUCCUAUCCAACAACGACAUUGUGAGCGCCCUGAUGGCCAUGAUACUUCGGCAAGCGGGACGAUUGGCUGGUCAAUCUACUGAACUGUCGCUUGCAGUUGAUAUGCGCGGCAAUUUCCAAGCACCAGCCUUCAAUGACUACCUGGGAAACAUGGUGCUGCUGACAUACACGCCGAUCCCAGCUGGGAAGAACCAGCCCCCAGUCGAUGGACCAGUUCCGGCAGAAUUGCGCCAGGAAUGCCUCAAAGAGCUCACCCAGAUUGCAGCGCGUAUACGCCACGGUCUUCUCUCGGUCAACGCAGAGUACAUCCAAGGCGUUCUAUCCCAUCUCCACUCGCAGACCGACUGGGCGGAGAUUGGAUUCCGGGGAGUCCCCAUUCCCUUGAGCAGCUUUAGGAAUUUUGGAAUCUUCGGACUGGACUUUGGGGAAAGCCUGGGAUCGCAGCCUCGAGGAUUCCAACUGCAUUUGCCUGUCUUGGGGGGGAUGUGUUUUAUCCUUCCAAAGCGUCAAGAUAGCACGGAGCCGUGGGACUUGCACCUGACUCUCAACCGUGACGAUGUAUCCAUGGUAUCAGAUGAUCCUUUGUUUCGCUGGGCUACUGAAGAGCAUCUAUGA